CUUAAUCCCUACCCAUGUCAAUUCCUUCACUUAUCAAAUCAAAAAUUACUGAGUGUCUGUGUUGUGCUAUACAUUUUUUGUUUUGUCUAGAUACAUAGCGAUUCACAAAAUAGCCCAAAGUCCUUGUGUCCGUGGAGCACUGCAUUGUUUUAUUCUCCAUUUCUGGAUCAGUCUCUUCCUCCAAACUUCCUGGAAGAAGGGCACAAGAUCUGACUCCCCUUUGUGACCCACACCCUGGCAUUUGCUUAGACAAAAUGUCAGUUGAAUUUUGAAUUGAGUAAAUUAUAGCCUCCCAUCACAUUGGCUCACACCAUGUCCCAUGUCCUGAUACAAGGAGUUAGAAGAGGUCACCAAACCCAGUAGCUCUUAUUACCCCUCAGAUCAAGACCCUGGAGUUCUGUACAUUUUUUCAGGGCUCCAGAAGGGUAAGAGUCAGCCCCACCUUGUUCCUGCAGCUAGUAACUUGAACUGCAGGUUUCCGGUGACAGCAGCAGCUUCCGCAUCAAUAAUUGAGAGCAGGUCCAGCCUGCCUCAGGGUUCUCUGGCCCCAAGAGCCCCCCCCCUCCUGUCCUAUGCUCUGAUCUUCUCCAAGCAGGAGCCUUCAGCGCAGGGCGCUGGCAGGGACCAUGUCCCCUGCCAUCGCACUGGCCUUCCUGCCACUGGUGGUGACAUUGCUGGUGCGGUACCGGCAUUACUUCCGACUGCUGGUGCGUAUGGUCUUGCUGCGGAGCCUCCGAGACUGCCUUUCAGGACUGCGGAUUGAGGAGCGGGCCUUCAGCUAUGUGCUCACCCAUGCCCUGCCUGGAGACCCCAGUCACAUCCUCACCACCCUGGACCAUUGGAGCAGCCACUGCGAGUACCUGGGCCACAUGGGGCCUGUCAAAGGUCAGAUUCUGAUGCGGCUGGUGGAGGAGAAGGCCCCUGCUUGCGUGCUGGAGCUGGGCACCCACUGCGGGUACUCCACAUUGCUUAUUGCCUGUGCCCUGCCCGCCGGGGGCCGCCUUCUCACUGUGGAGUGGGACCCACGCACAGCAGCAGUGGCUGAAAAACUCAUCCGCCUGGCUGGGUUCGACGAGCGCACGGUGGAGCUCAUCGUGAGUAGCUCAGAGGAGGUGAUCCCACGCCUACGAACCCAGUACCAGCUGAGUCGGGCAGACUUGGUGCUCCUGGCACACCGGCCCCGAUGUUACCUGCGAGACCUGCAGCUGCUGGAGGCCCAUGCCCUGCUGCCAGCUGGUGCCACUGUGUUGGCUGACCACGUGCUCUUCCCUGGUGCACCUCGCUUCCUACAGUAUGCCAAGAACUGUGGCCGCUACCGCUGCCGCCUCCACCACACUGGCCUCCCAGACUUCCCUGCCAUCAAGGACGGCAUAGCCCAGCUCACUUAUGCAGGACCUGGCUGAGGUCCAGCCCUAGGAUACAUACUGCUGCCCCCUCCACCCCCACCCAAACAAGGACCUCAGAACAUCCCCUCCCCUCCCUGGUUGUGGCCUGACACAUGCUGGGCUCAGGAUGGGGAGAGGCUGUCCUCCCACCUUUGCCCUACUCCCAUUCCACACUGAUUCAGACAUCAAGUUCUGUCAGAUUGCUUGGUCCCACUAGCCCCUCUCCUUCCAGAGAGUCAUGGAUUAACAGGCAAGAGCCCUGAGCUCCCAAUCCCAACUCUAUCACUGAUUUUCUGGGUGACUCCAAAGGAGUCCUUAUGCUGC